UGGGUAUAGACGGACGGCUGACACGCACUCAUUCAUGCAGCGAAUGCCGACUAAUCAAUCAUGUCACGUACGUUGAUUGACAAAACGGACAAACGGGCAGACAACAUUCGUCGAUCGGUAUUCAUACACGCACAACGUAUGUAUGGAACUAUAUAAGUAUGCAUGUAAUAAACACACACAUGCACACACACAGACAGACAGACAGAAGACCAGCAUGCAAGCGACAUGCACGAAUCCCUCCCUCCCUUUCUCCCUCCCACCCCCACCCCCACCCCCACCCCCUGUGUGUCUGUGUGUGCACAUUCAAUUCAAUCUACUCACUACUCACCCACCCCCUUGUGGUAUACGAUGGCCAUACCCCGCCGGUUGCCGUCUGGCCAAGAGUAUGGCCUGAAUGGUCUGCAUAUUGCGGUGGCUCUGCUGGUGCAGGGCCUGCACGCUGCGAUAGAGGGCACCCAACGCGUCGUCAGGCAAAGACUGCAACGCGCUAGGGUUCAACCUGCACACAUCCAUCCAAUCCACACAGACGGACACAAGGCAUGCACUCCUGCUUUGCUGUGCUGUGUUUGUCGGCGUGCGGGAGGGUGUGGGGCUCACUCGCUUUGUAUCUGCCUCAGUUCGUUGUCCUUGGCGGCCAGCAGGGCCUCGGCGUGACGAAGCUGAGCAUCGUGAUCAACUCUGACACACGGACAGAAGGGACACGUGUGUCGAUGCCCCGUCGGUAAGUGCAUCCCUUUUCCCGUCGCUCUCGCUCACACACAUUGUCCGUCUGAGUGUUUCGAUUUCCUCUGUCGAGCGCACCAGCACGCGGCGGAGGCCCUCACUCUCCUCCCUGUGCACCAACGCACAGACACGCAGACAGAGGAAUCAGACACACGGAUGGAUGGAUGGACGGACGGCUGCUUGGUUUGCUCACUCGUGCUGCUGCCUCUGAUGUACGUGCGCCGCCCUCUCCUGGGCUAGCUCCGAUGACAGCACCCGACUGACACAGAGAAAAUGGGUACAGAAAGAUAUUCGUCUGCGGGCCUGUGUGUGUGUGUGUGCGUGUAUCACUUACUUGUGUUGCUGGACGGCCUGCAGCCGCGCCACGUCCGAUCGGUGCCGCUUGUCACGAGAUGUAACGACCUCACUGCAGUGCACGGAGGCCAUUGACCUCAUGUGGUUUGUUUCCAUUCCUUCCAUUUCUUACACGUAUGCCUCGACUUGCUCGACAGCCUUGUGCAGCUUGGCCACCCCCUCCCGCAGCACACCCUCAAUCCUCGACCGCUCCUCCCGCACCUCCUUGGCACCGGGCGUCACCACACCACCGCCACCAUGAUGCGCACUGCCGUCUGCCGCCCGUCGAUGGUGAUGAUGCUGCUGUUUGCCCUGCUGCAGCGGGGGGAACGCCGUCUCGCUGUCAAGGUCGAUGCGCGGUGUGGUGUAGACUGUCUCGGCGCGUGAAGAUGUGUACAGACCACCCCCAGCGCCCCCUCCAGCCCCUCCCCCCUUGGCCCGCAUCUGCGUCUGCAUCUGUUGUUCAGCGGUUUCCUCCUCAGGAAUGGGUGAGGGCGGUGAGCGGUUGGGCGGCGUGAACGCGUCGAGAUGCAGCCGCAGAUAGGCCUGCAGGUCAGUGAGGGCCCGGAGUGGUGGUGAGCGGGGCGUGUCGUCCCCCUCUCCCCCUCCCCGUCCCCCUCCCUCUCCCUCCUGCUGCUGCUGAUGGUGCUGGUGUUGGUGGUCCUGUAUCGGCAGCUGGAAUGGGCCGACAACGGUUGGCGUGGGGUCGUUCUCGGCGGUAGGUGAUGUCUGCGACAGUGCUGGUGGGUCGGCAGGGACUGCCAGCGGUGUGUCGUGGUCCUGGUCUCCCUCACGGUGGCCAUCGUCAUCAUCAUCGUGACGCAACAUGUCCAAACGAAGCUCCUCUGACGCCUGAUGAUACCCGACACACACACGCCGACAGUGCACACCUCCAUCCAUCCAGCCAGCCAUCCAUCCAUCCAUCUAGCCACCCUUCUUUGCUCUUACAUGUCCGAAGAUCUCGGCCAGCAGGGCAUCCUCCUCACCCACACCCACACCGGCCCCAUUCCUGGACCCACGCGAGCCGGGCCGAGCAGGCGCCAUACCACCAACCGCAGGCGGCAGCGGCAGCCGCACCCCAGCGUCGGGAAUCGACGCACUCGAUGACGCAUGCUCAUGCUCGCCUGUCCGCGCGCCCCCCUCCUGUUUUGCUUCCUCUGCGUUGGUCUGGUGCGAUGGGUCUCUGCCGUUGACGGGCAGCGGACUGAGCAGGAAGGGCCAGGCGUGACGCGAGUCACCCGUGCAGAAGCCGGAGAACGACGCGGAAGGGGUGGACGCUUGCGGCUGUUGGUUGCUGCCGUUCCCAUCCGUCCACUGGUGCGGGUGGUCCAGACCCACCUCCACCUCCACCUCUCCCUCCCCCUCUGCCUCGCCGUCGCCGUCAAUGUCAUCAUCCCACCCAUCGGCAUCCUUGUCGUGUUCGUCCUCAUCGAGCUGGUCGUCAUCGAUGGAGGGCUGGUGUCGUGAGUCGGCCGCACUGGAUGAGGACACCGGCAGGCGGCCCAGCACGGGGGUGUUGCGACGCCUCGCCUGGCGUGCGCCCUCGGCCGGGGUCAGGUUGGGCUCGCCCUGACCAAGAAGGGCAGACAAAAGCAAAGCGGUAUGUGUGGUGGAUGGGGUGAGUGUUCCGUCAUUUGGUCGCGUACCUCGUCCCAGAGGUGUAGCUGUCUGCGCCACAGUCGCACACGGCUGUCAAAAUGACGCUUGGGACAGCACUGCAGUGCACAUGAGAAAGGGCGGACACACGCAGGAGAGAGUGUGGUGUGGUGUGGUGUGUCCACAGACAUACGUACUUAUCCAUCCAUCCAUCCAUCCAUGUAUGUAUCUCUCUCUGUAUACCUCGUGUAUGUUGGGUGUUUGUGGGUGCAGACUGUCGCUCCAGUGGGGCUUGCGGCGGUCCUUAGGCACAUGGGCACUGUACUGACGAUACCCCUCCGUGUCCUGCAGGACAGACACACACACACACACACACACACACCGACACGAGCACACGAAUGAGUGCCGCACCCACCGCAUACGUGCAGUGAAGUGCAGGAAAGCCAUACAAUCCUGAUGGCCCGUGGUUGUGUAUUGAUUGAGUCUUGGCUCGCUCACCUUCCCAAUCUCAAUCUGCCGGCCGCGCUGUAACAGACGAUGCUCAUCCAACUCUGAAAUGACCAUAAAUGCACGCACGUCAAUCACACACUCAUGAUCCAUGCCGACCUCCCUCCCUCCCUCCCUCCCUCCCUCCCUCUCUCCCUCUCUCUCCUUCUCCCUGACCUUUUGGCUGGGCCCCGCCAGAAAAUCUCCGCCCGCGAAACCUCCUAGGGCUCGUAUACCCCCCUCCAGCUCCCCCUCCCCCUCUCCGCCCGACCAAUCCAUAUCCAGACCGGCGCGUGGCCGCAUGAUGAUGAUGGUGGGUGAACCCGCCGCCCCCUCGUCGAUAUGGCGUACCGUUGCCGUCGUCAGGCGACCCGCCGCCAUAGGAUGACCGCUUGGCGGGGGAGCGGUGGUGCUCUGACGAGUCGUCGGUGCGGCGCCGGCUGUCGCCCUCUGUCCUGCGCGUGGUGGGUGCAACAGGAGUGUGAUCAACCUGUGUGUGACGUGACACACACAAAACAUCAAUCAGACAUAAAAGACAUAUCAAGCAUACGUACGUCAGACUGCCUAUCUCGACCACUCACUCGUGCAGGCCAGCCAGGCACAUGCAAUGCAGUCAGUGCAGGUCUUUAACCCACCUAACCCACCUGGUGCUUGCUACUAGUGUUGGCAGGCUGCAGCCGGGGCCACGUAUCAUCCUCCUCCUUCUGAUCAUCGCCGCCAGCGCUCCGCCCGAGUGCGCCCCCGGACAUAAUGAUCACGAAGCCGCAGACCUCGCUAUUCAACCGCCGGGCACACCAAGGCCGAUAAUACCGCCAUCAGAACGCAUCAGGACGAAAUGGGACGGGCAGAUGAUGCUGAAUGCACUCGAAUCCGGCUGUCUGCUCUUGGCGGUCGGCUUGUCAGUCGAGUGUUGGGGCAGCUGUGGCGACAAUCUGUGGUUGCGAUGGUGACAAACGCUUCGUGGAUGCGCGGGAUGCACACCGAUAAUGCUGAAGGGUGCUCUCGACGGGCGGGCUUCACGAGUACUUGCCCUGCACGUCCUCCAGCAGCGCUCCGUGCCACCGCCAAGGUCCAACGAGCGCUG